AUGGCAGACCGCGGCGUGGAUAUGUCCGCCCUGCCAAAAGAGGGUAGAGACCAACUGGCGGAGUUGGAUCUGGAGCUGUCUGAAGGUGACAUCACGCAGAAGGGCUAUGAGAAGAAGAAAGCCAAGCUGCUGGCCUCUUUCAUCCCCCAUUUGCCAAAUGUGGAUCUGUCUCUGCCAGAUGUGCAGCUUUCCCCGGGCCACAGUGCCGACCCCAGCCCGAGUCCCGAGGCCCCGGGCCCCUCCACAUCUUCAGCCUCCAGACACCACCGCGCACACCGCAGUGGAGGGGCCAGGGACGACCGCUACAGAUCAGACAUCCACACGGAGGCUGUGCAGGCAGCACUGGCCAAACACAAAGAAGAGAAGAUGGCACUGCCCAUGCCGACCAAAAGACGCUCAGCCUUUGUCCAGUCUCCCAUAGAUACCUGCACACCUCCAGACACAUCUUCUGCAUCAGAGGAUGAUGGCUCACUGCGCAGAAAGGCAGCUCUCAGUGCAGUGCUAGCCCAGAGCCUGCAGAGCCCUGAUUACUGGAUCAACCGCUCCGUCCAAAGCUCCUCAACGUCCUCGUCUGCUUCCUCCACCCUCUCCCAUGGAGAGCCCAAGGCCCAGCCACAACCCCAGCCCCAGCCCCAACCUGGUGCUUCCUUAUUGGCCGAUCUACUGGCCCACACACGCAUAGAAAACAGCGUCCCCCCAGAUGUGACAUCCUCCACUCCCCAGGAGAGAGGGUCCAGGGUGGACCUGCCUCCAGCUGUCAGGGGCAUGAGCCGUGGACAGAGCCGCAACAGCAUGCUGGAUACUGCUGACGGAAAAGGAAGAGGCGUGCCUGUCAACAGCAGGGUUUCCACUAAGAUCCAGCAGCUGUUGAACACACUCAAACGGCCGAAGAGACCACCACUCAGCGAAUUCUUCCUCGAUGACUCUGAGGAAAUUGUAGAAGUGCUCCAGCCGGACCCCAACACCCCGAAGCCAGAGGGACGGCAAAUCAUCCCGGUGAAGGGGGAGCCCCUCGGAGUGGUCAGUAACUGGCCCCCUGCCCUGCAGGCUGCCCUGGCACGCUGGGGGGCCACCCAGGCCAAGAGCCCCGCCCUCACAGCUCUGGACAUCACCGGCAAACCGCUUUACACAGUCACAUAUGGAAAACUAUGGAGUCGCAGUCUGAAACUGGCCUAUACACUGCUGAAUAAACUGGGCACCAAGACAGAACCUGUCCUACAACCUGGAGAUCGGGUGGCACUGGUGUAUCCUAACAGCGACCCUGGCAUGUUCUGGGUGGCUUUCUAUGGCUGCCUGUUAGCUGAGGUCAUCCCUGUGCCCAUUGAGGUACCGCUGUCACGACAGGAUGCAGGCAGCCAGCAGAUUGGCUUCCUGUUGGGCAGCUGUGGUGUUAGUCUGGCGCUGACCAGCGAGGUGUGCCUCAAAGGGCUGCCCAAGACACCAAACGGAGAAAUCAUUCAGUUCAAAGGAUGGCCAAGGAUGAAAUGGGUAGUGACGGACACGAAGUAUCUGACCAAACCAUCCAAAGACUGGCAGCCUCACAUCCCCACCGCCAACACUGACACUGCCUACAUAGAGUACAAAGCAAGUAAGGAGGGGACAGUGAUGGGAGUAGCCGUGUCCAAGAUCUCCAUGCUGACCCACUGUCAAGCCCUGACGCAGGCCUGUAACUACUGUGAAGGGGAGACUCUGGUCAAUGUGUUGGACUGCAAGAAGGAUAUGGGCAUGUGGCAUGGCGUCUUAACGAGUGUCAUGAACAGAAUCCACACCAUCACAGUGCCAUAUGCUGUCAUGAAAGCAUGUCCCAUGUCCUGGGUGCAGAGGGUCCACAUUCACAAAGCACGUGUGGCCUUGGUGAAGUGCCGUGACCUCCACUGGGCCAUGAUGGCCCACAAGGACCAGAGGGACACCAACCUGUCCUCCAUACGUAUGCUUAUUGUGGCUGAUGGAGCAAACCCAUGGUCUGUGUCGUCGUGUGAUGCCUUCCUGAACGUGUUUCAGUGUCAUGGUCUGAAGCCUGAGGUGAUCUGUCCAUGUGCCACGUCUCCUGAGGCCCUGACUGUGGCCAUACGCAGGCCUGGUGCACGAGGAGCUCCACUGCCAGCCAGGGCCAUCCUGUCCAUGGGCGGGCUGAGCCACGGGGUGAUCAGGGUGAACACGGAGGACAAGAACUCUGCUCUCACUGUUCAGGAUGUGGGCCACAUCAUGCCCGGAGCUCUAAUGUGCAUUGUGAAACCGGACGGGCCUCCUCAGCUGUGCAAGACGGAUGAAAUAGGAGAGAUUGUGAUCAACUCUCGGGCCGGAGGCACCAUGUACUACGGCCUGCCUGGUGUUACCAAGAACACAUUUGAGGUGAUCCCCGUCAACCAAGCUGGAGCACCCAUAGGAGAAAUUCCCUUCACUCGGACUGGUCUGCUUGGAUUUGUAGGACCGGGCAGUCUGGUGUUUGUUGUGGGAAAGUUUGAGGGGCUUCUGAUGGUGAGCGGGCGACGCCACAACGCAGACGACCUGGUUGCCACCGCGCUGGCAGUGGAGCCUGUCAAAACAGUUUACAGGGGGAGGAUCGCUGUGUUCUCUGUGACGGUGUUUUACGAUGAGAGGAUAGUGAUUGUGGCAGAGCAGAGGCCCGACGCCAGUGAGGAAGACAGCUUCCAGUGGAUGAGUCGAGUGCUGCAGGCCAUCGACAGUAUCCACCAGGUCGGCCUGUACUGCCUGGCGCUCGUCCCGGCCAACACCCUCCCAAAGACGCCCCUUGGAGGCAUCCACAUCUGUGAAACCAAGCAGAACUUCCUUGAGGGAAACCUGCACCCAUGUAAUAUCCUCCUGUGCCCGCACACCUGUGUUACCAACAUGCCCAAGCCUCGCCAGAAACAGCCAGUGGAUGUCGGCCCGGCUUCUAUGCUGGUCGGCAACUUGGUGGCAGGAAAGCGGAUCGCCCAGGCAACAGGCAGAGAGCUGGGCGUGGUGGAGGACCAGGAUCUGAUCCGAAAGCACCAGUUCUUGUCUGAAGCUCUGCAAUGGAGAGCUCAAACAGACCCGGACCAUGUUCUAUAUGUGCUACUCAAUGCAAAGGGGGUGGCAGUUUGCACAUCCACUUGUGCUCAGCUGCACAAGAGAGCAGAGAAAAUCACAGCUACCCUGAUGGAGAGAGGCGGUCUCAACACAGGAGACAAUGUGGUGCUGCUUUAUCCCCCAGGGAUUGACCUGAUAGCUGCCUUCUAUGGCUGUCUCUAUGCGGGGGUCAUUCCUGUGACGGUGAGGCCGCCCCACCCACAGAACCUGGCUGCUACUCUCCCCACUGUGCGCAUGAUCAUCGACGUGAGCAAAGCAGCCUGCAUCCUCACCACUCAGCCUCUCAUGAGGAUCCUCAGGUCCAGGGAGGCUGCUGCCAGCGUCAACAUCAAGACGUGGCCCACGAUCAUCGAUACAGAUGAUCUCCCCAGAAAGCGGCCUCCGCACAUUUAUAAACCCCCGACAGCUGAGAUGCUGGCCUACCUGGACUUCAGUGUGUCCACCACAGGCAUGUUGACUGGAGUUAAGAUGUCUCAUGCUGCGGUCAGCACUCUGUGCCGCUCCGUUAAGCUGCAGUGUGAGCUCUACUCUUCACGCCAAAUAGCCAUCUGCCUGGACCCGUACUGUGGCCUGGGGUUUGUCCUGUGGUGCCUCUCCAGUGUUUACUCAGGUCACCAGUCCAUCCUUAUCCCUCCUCUGGAGCUGGAGAGCUCGCUGCCUCUGUGGCUGAGCACGCUCAGUCAGUACAAGAUCAGAGACACUUUCUGCUCCUACUCUGUCAUGGAGCUUUGCACCAAAGGCCUGGGCACCCAGACAGAGAUGCUGAAGGCGCGGGGGCUGAAUCUGUCCUGCGUGCGUAGCUGUGUGGUGAUCGCAGAGGAGCGUCCUCGCCUCACUCUCACACAGUCCUUCUCCAAGCUCUUCAAAGAUCUCGGCCUGUCGCCGCGCGCUGUCAGCACCGCCUUCGGCUCCAGGGUCAACCUGGCCAUCUGCCUGCAGGGCACUGCCGGACCAGACCCCUCCACCGUGUAUGUCGACAUGAAGUCUCUGCGCCACGACAGGGUGAGGCUGGUGGAACGAGGAGCACCACAGAGUCUUCCACUCAUGGAGUCGGGCACUAUCCUACCAGGAGUGAGGGUCAUCAUAGUCAACGCGGAGACCAGAGGCCCGCUGGGAGAUUCACAUCUUGGGGAGAUCUGGGUGACCAGCCCUCACAGUGCCAGUGGCUACUACACCAUCUAUGGGGAGGAGAGCCUGCAGGCGGAUCAUUUCAACACCAGACUCAGCUUUGGGGAGCCACACACCCUGUGGGCCAGGACGGGCUACCUGGGCUUCAUCAAGAGGACGGAGCUACUGGAUGCCAGCGGAGAUCGUCAUGAUGCCUUGUUUGUGGUGGGCUCUCUUGAUGAAACGUUGGAGUUGAGGGGUUUGCGCUAUCACCCCAUCGACAUCGAGAUGUCUGUGUCCCGAGCUCACCGCUGCAUCGCAGAAAGUGCUGUGUUUACAUGGACCAACCUGCUGGUGGUGGUGGCAGAGCUGAGCGGCUCGGAGCAGGAGGCCUUGGACCUGGUGCCCCUCGUCACCAACGUCGUCCUGGAGGAGCACCACCUCAUCGUCGGGGUGGUGGUCAUCGUGGACCCCGGGGUGAUCCCCAUCAACUCCAGAGGAGAGAAGCAGAGGAUGCACCUGCGAGACUCCUUCCUGGCAGACCAACUGGACCCUAUCUACGUGGCCUACAACAUGUGAUUCACCAACUGAUGAAAAUGCAGAAAACUGAGCCAGGCUCUGAGAACAGAUGUGAGGGAGGAGGACUGUGGGGUGCGUUCAGUUGCAACCCCGAUGUUAAAGCUCAGACACACAUUCAAAGCACCAAGCAAUGUGGGAAUGCAAGUACAGUUCGAGUACUGUAACCAGAACGUGCUUCCCUCUCAGAACAUGUUCCUUCUGUCAAAAGAAGGAAAUAUGAUCAUCAUCCUCUCCGUGCAUCCCACUUCUCCCUCAUCGCUCCAAUUCAUGUUUUAUAAAGACAUUUUUAAUUACAUGCUUUCAUCAAAGAAAGAAAUCCUCCCCUCCUUCCAUUCCUUGGUUUUUACCAUGAACCAUUCAUCCUCGUGUGCUUCUGUUUUUUAUUUUAACCCCCUCGGUUCUUGAAGGCAGGAAGACGCACUGGAACUGCUGAGAGGAGCUGGAACUUUCACCCUCUUGCACUUUAAGUCCUCGCACCUCUGAGUCCGCUUCCUGUCUCGCCUGCCUCAAGGGGACACCCCACCCCCCCCCCCACCCCCCCCACCCCAAUGUUUGCUGCUUUCAUGAGAGCAAAUCCACACCAGUAUUAAAAAGUGCCACCAGCGAGUGCAGAUUACCUCCCUCCACCAGGUGCACCGUGGCUCUCGCCUCCCAGCACGUACAGGAUUUGCCAGCAGACGUGCUGUCGGCAUUCACACGUUACAAAAUGUCCUAAAAAAAAAAAAAAUACACUUGAAUUAUUUGUUGGUGUGGGAAAAGAAAGACUUGCUUCUUAAACGUACAAACCUGGAUGUUAAAGAUGAUCUUUCAUGGGCAGAAACACAGAAUAAUGUUCGCUGUGAGUCGGCCUGUUAGAUGGUUCUGAUGAUUGUGAAUUACUAAUACUUUUUUUUUUUAAUGCACCGAUUUUCAGAAGAAGAGUUGAAGCUAUACCUGGUGUUUAGGUGUGCAUGCUUAUUUGAAAUGCAAUCAAUGUUAACAUGCAGGUAAAAAAAGAAAAGAAAACUGUAACACGCCGUAGAGUCACACAGCAGUGGGUUGGUUGGUUCGGCAGUCGGCAACAUAUCGCUCCGUCUGCUGAUGACGACUGCGUGAAUUGAAAGCUGCAGAACAACGUGGACCUUAAGUUGAGAUUGUUUUAAUCGAGGGCUGGACAGAAUAAUUUCUCAGUUUUCCUGGCUUGAACUGAAGUCAGCUGCUAGCUUUCAGUCCGUGUGUAGUUUCCAAUGUUAAAGCAAAGAGCAUCUUUCACUUAAUGUUAGCGUCACAGUCGAUUAGAUAAACGUAGAUCAUCAGAAGGCAAGUCAGUGCCUUUUUAUUGCACCAUGGUGACAUUUACGAUUACAGACGUUGAAUAAAAAAUAAAUAAAAAUAAGAUAUCAAGAAUGAGGACAGAACUUUGCCUUACUAAACCUGUGGAACUUUAGUAUUUUUUUAUGUUUAAUCCCUCAUUUCUAGCUGUGCUAUUAGUGUAUUUAAAGGACUAUUCCACCAUUUUUCAAAUGUGGAAUCUUACGCCAGUUUUUAACUCAAAAGACACUCAUAUCACAUUUUUUAGAGGAAGGGGGGGUUCUUGUUCUUUUUGUGAAGACGUUUGCAGUCAUGCCUUUCUCAUUUCAUCAUUAUCAUUUAAACUCUUUCUGAAUGUCUGUAACACUGAAUUUUUUUAAAGAUUAGGAAUGAACAACAAUCAGUAAGCAACCCGUGAUUUAAAAAUGGCAGAAUCCUCCUUUAUUAAAAACAAAUGGAGGUAAUAAAUGAGGGUAAGGAUGUUGUCUGUAUACUGUAUUUUAGAGGUCAAAUAUUACUGGUGUUAAUGUGUACAAGGAUAAGAACUUUGUUGAUAAAAACUUGACUGAUCUUUCAUACUUGACUGCAUUGUUAAUUUAACGGUAUCACAUCGCAAAAGGUGUGUGUGUGUGUGUGUGUGUGUGUGUGUGUGUGUGUGUGUGUGUGUGUGUGUGUGUGUGUGUGUGUGUGUGUGUGUGUGUGUGUGUGUGUGUGUGUGUGUGUGUGUGUGUGUGUGUGUGUGUGUGUGUGUGUGUGUGUGUGUGUGUUCAACAGUGAUAUUUGGCUUUUCUGGUGCAACAAGGUUUGUCUUUUGUAAGAAAAUCCCGGAAUAUUUUUUUUAUGUCGCCACCACUGUAUUUUCAUUUUCCAUCCACGGAAUCAGAUGUUUUUUUUAGUGGUUUUACGGGAAAUCAAUAUUUUCCUGAUAUCAUUUUUUCUUUAAAACUGCACAACUUCUGCAAACAGCUUGUUUUAUUUUGAAGCAGCUUGACAUACAGCACAUGUCGAUAAACCACUUUUCAUUCAGUGACGGACACUGAUGACAUGUAUGCGAGCCGGUGUGUGGGGCACGUUAGAGUAACUCAUAAAUAACAAAGUGAAGCUUCUGAGCUGCUGUGUGAUAAUUGCUUUGUUGCUCCUCUUUCACUCCGACAAGUUUUAAUAAAGUUUUAUAAUGUCAUGUUGGCCUUCAAGACAUUGGUGCUAUUCAAUAAGGGAAAGUUGACAGACUUUUAUGCUCCAAUGUCAUAACAAAGAAGGUUUCUUCCUGGAUGCCCUUUAUGUGUGAAAAUAAGUCAUUCUUUUUCCAUGCCAACAUUUCACUCUAAAAUUGUUCGUCAUCACCGGUUUUCAUCGGCUCCAAGAUCUGAUGAAAACCUUCUCAACAGGCAACUCAACAUGGACAAUGCAACUCGACAUAUCCACCAUUUCCAUUUGAAUAUUUAUUUCAGUUUUACAAGUUGUCAUGUUGUGAGGAAUGGUGUGCAUUUCAAACCUCCAAUGUUAUUCUAAGCACAAAAGUACAUGUGAGGUAAUGAAAUUAGGAUCUUUCGCACGAAAAAAGACUCAAGGGCCCACAAUGUAUACCUCAACGACUGUCUGUUCACUAUGCAUCGUCGAGCUGCAGCAAAGACAUUCUGAACUAGUCAAUGGUGCGAUAACUUCUAACAUGUCUUACUUGACGAAAAACACUGUCACACUGUCAUUGGAUGUGUUUCAUGUCAAAUAAAAAAAAUCCUUUGUCAGAA